GAAAUAUUAAAACACUUAGGAUUCUUUAAACAAGUUUAGCAUGGAAUUUAAAUAUAUUGAUAAAAUAUUCAUUUAAACAAUGAUUCAAUGUACAAUAUAAAAUAUGUUCAAUAUUAAAUCUUUUCAAGGAUAAGCAUACGCUACUCUCUUACACACUCACACCCAUAUACACACACAUACACAUACACAUUUACUCACACGUAAAUAUCCACUAGAGACAGCUAAUGAAUAACACUUUUGCAAGUAUAUUUCCACCGGUCACAACAAGUUUAAUAGCCAUUCUAGCAACGACUGUUUCAACUGCAACUCUUGGCGGCAACAUUGUUGUAUUGAUAGCAUUUUUUGUUGAACGUUCUCUACGUGUACCAAGUAAUUAUUUCAUUGCAUCAUUGGCUAUGACUGACGUGCUGAUUGGAUUAUUUUCUAUGAAUUUAUUUAUUACAUAUCAACUGUUAGGUUAUUGGCCAUUAGGACAUUUAAUUUGUGAUUUAUGGUUAUCAUUGGAUUUUUCAGCAUGUUUAACAAGUCAGUAUACUGUAUUCUUAAUUACAUUGGAUCGUUUUUGUUCAGUGAAAAUACCAGCGAAAUAUCGAAAUUGGCGAACAUUUAAUAAGGUUCGAGUUAUGAUAUGCAUAAGUUGGAUAUUUCCAGCAGCUUUAUUCACACCAGUCAUUUUUGGUUGGUCGUAUUUAACCGGGGAACCAGAACGUGAAAUUGUCAAAUGUGAAGUCUCUUUCACCUAUUAUCCAGUAUUCAAUACAACAUUGACGAUAGGUUAUUUCUGGACUACAUUAGUUAUCAUGUGUAGUCUAUACGUCGGUAUAUACAAAGUAGCACGUCGAUUACAGGCGAAAUCCAUCGAUAAUAAUAAACGUUUAAUGCAAUUUUUAUCGAAAAUUGAUAAUAAACAAAUUUUAACACAACAAAAUACAUCAAAUAAUACAAAUUCACUCGAUGAUGACGAUGAUGGCGAUGAUAAUGAUAAUGAUGUUGACAAUGUCGAGAAGGUGAAGAGGAAGAAUACACAAAAUAACAUUCAAUUAUCAAAUGAUCAAUGUUUCAAUUCAAAUUGUUUAAAUAAGUAUCCAACAAAUUCAAAUAAUGAUGUGGCGGGAUAUUUAACAAACCAAACUUAUUGUUUGAAUAAAACAACAAAAGAUAUGUUCAAGGAGUCCAAUGAAUUAGCUGACUGUAAUUUUAUGAAUCAAUCUAAUAAAAUAAAUGGAAUAGAUAAAAUUCAACUAUAUUCAUUAACAACAGUUAGUCAAUAUCAACGUACAUCACCGAAAAACUUGAAACAGCAUCAUCCCCACCAUCUUGGUAUUGGUGAAAAUGAAUCCGUUUCACAACAAAGUGAUCAACUUCAACGCGGCUAUCAAUAUGAGAAUAAAACUUCUAAUGAUUGUUCAGUCUAUCAUAAUAGCGAUAGUAUUCUGAAUACAUCUCAGACACAUCAAACUAGUAUAUCGACAACAGCAACAACAGCAGGGACAACUGCUCAUGAGGACAAACAAGCAGAUUUGCAUAGAAAAGACUCUUUAUCAUCUCUAAAUGAUGAAAUUUUCUCUCUGCCAUCUGUCAACUUCUAUAUACCAUCACCAAAAGUUUCAACUUCUUCACCAAUUCAAAGUGAUCAAUCACUGUCACCGAAAUAUACCUAUUCUGAGAAUAACUCACCUGUAUGGAUUAGAAAAAAGGAUAAUUGUUAUGAUUCCGGUUUAAAUUUAUACGAAUGUGAUCUUUGUCCACAAGUGUUGAAAUGUCAACAGUUUAUAAGUGAUAAAAAUUUCUGUGAAAAUGGUGUAUACUACUAUUUAUCUGAUUCACCAUCAUGGGAUCAAUGUCCACCGACAUGCUGUUUAACUGAUAAAUGCGAAUAUUCUGAGUACACAACAUCCAGCGGAAAUAUGAGCUCAAUGUAUAAUAACCAAUUGACAAAUACCAACUGUUGGUACAGACGAUUCAUGCAUAGAUUGAAUAAACCAAAUAAUAUGCUUAUCAAAUCCGUGUGUACACUAAGCAAACAACAAUCACCUUCAUCAUUGUGUAAAUCCUGUGAUGACAAACCUUAUCCUUGUGGACUACAAAAUAAUUAUAACAAUAAUCAAGAUAUAUGUCCAUGUUAUUACUACAGUAGUAAUAAUAAUAAUAGUAAGAAUUUUAUUCAACAACACCGUGAAUCACAAAUAAGUGAAGAACCAACUAAACUGCAAUCGAAAUGUUUGUGUUGUAUCCUCCCGCCAAAACAACAAAUCAGUGCCGAUUUAAACAAUAAUCACACUCAAGGUCAAACCAGUCUAAGUAAUAGUCAAGUUCAAAGUCCAAAUAAUAGUGAUGAUUAUAUGAAUGUACAAAAUGGCCAACAAAAGAACAAAUCUAAUAAACUCUCUUUAAAAUACAAACAAAAGCAACAAAGAUUCAAUUCACAACAACACCAACAAUACGGAAAGUCAUCAACAUCAACAACAGCAACAACAAAACCUGGUAGACGACAGACAAGUCUUUCAAUAUUUCAAUCUUUAUCAAAUAUUGAUGCACAGAAUCGUAAACAUGCACGUAAAGCAUUGAAAACGAUUAGUUUUAUUUUGGGAGCAUUUAUGAUCUGUUGGACACCAUAUCAUAUUAUUGUAUUGAUCAAAGGUUUUUGUGAUGAUUUAGCUACGCAUACAAGUUGUGUGAAUAUACAUUUAUAUAAUUUAUCUUAUUGGUUAUGUUAUAUGAAUUCACCAAUUAAUCCAUUUUGUUAUGCAUUAUCAAAUAUAUCAUUUAGGCGAACAUUUUUUCGAAUAUUACGAUGUGAUUUUCAAAAAAGAUGA